AUGCAUGAGGAAUCUGAGGUGCAUGUCGGAUUGUCAAGCAUGACAAGCAGUCGAGACAGUGUUAGUGACGGGAGAGUCACGCCACCCACAGUCUCAGUUCCUAAGGGUGCAGAAAGCCUUCAAAGAAAGCUUGAAAGGAAGAUAGAAGCAGCAAAGCAACAAGCUAGUGAGAAGAGUCGGGUUGGUCCACCUUUGAUAUCUUACGAUCGAGUAUCCAGUUCAGAUGAGAUAGAUUUUGCACCAUUGACAAGGCCAAAGCAAGGGAGCAAGUCAGCCAUGAGCAAGGCUCUGUUGACAGACACAUUUAGUGUGGAAAACCUGCACCUGUCAGAUGAACUGGAUGACGAUCUUGAUCUCAUUCUCCCUCAGGCCUCUACAUCCCAGUGCUGUGGUGAUCUCUCCCCUGAUUCCCCUGUGUUCCGCUUUACAUCCCGUCAUCGACGAACUCGAGCCCAUCUCAAGCUGACAAAAAAAUCAGAAGCGACUCACGGAAAAGAUGCGUCCAUGAAGGACGAUCAGCCGUUUCAUCCGCCGUCGGGCUUCCAGCCUCCUUAUGGCACUCGCCAACACCGCCUCGUCCAUUUCGGUCGACUUUUAACGAGUGGGGACGGGGCUGGGUCGGGUCGAAGCAGGGUCUCAAAGCGGGAAGAGUCUAUCCAUCGCUACUGGAGGGAGGAAGAUCGCAUCCGUCUAUAG